CCAGACAAUAGCGGCAACGGCAACCGUGUUAGUAUUGUGAACUGGACUGGAGGGCGAUGUAGUGUUGUCGAAAGUGCGAAAUGUAGUCAGUGAAUACUAGUGGUGUUUUUUGUGUUUUAAUUAAUUUUAAAUUAAGUUUUUAACGUUUUUUUAAAUUCUAAAUGUUAUUGAAGUGUUCGUGUUGAAAAGUGUGGUGUUUAAUUACGUGAAAUUGGUGUUUUUUUCUUCGAAUUAAAUGUUAACUUAAACGUUUUGAAAGUCGCUUGCAAUAUGAAGCGACCUGUGGAUUGUUUGUGUAUUACCAUCCUAUUUUUGGGGAUUUUCUUCAACACACCGGAUCUAGUUUCAGGUGGACUCUCCUGUUUCCCGAGUCCAUGCAAAAAUAAUGGAACAUGCGUAUCGUUACCUCAUGGUGCAUCGUACUGCAAUUGCACGUCAAAGUACGUCGGCGAAUAUUGCCAGUUUCCUAAUCCGUGUACGACAGGACGCGAGCCUCGGUGUCAAAAUGGAGGCUCUUGCGAAGUCCGUACCAGCGCUCUUUCUAGUCCUACUUUCCAAUGCAAUUGUCCUAUCGGUUUUACCGAAUCUUUAUGCGAAAUUAGAGUGCCGAAUGCUUGCGACAGCGGGCCUUGCAUGAACGGCGGAACUUGCAAUUUGAAAAAUUUGCAAGAGUAUACCUGUACAUGCGCUGCCGGAUUUAGAGGCGCUCAUUGCGAACUGAAGGAUCAUUGCGCUAAUAUACCGUGUAAAAAUGGCGCGUCAUGCGCUUUCCAUAAUGAUAGUUACCAAUGCACAUGCGCUCCUGGAUUCACCGGUAAAACUUGCGCCGAAGAUAUUAAUGAAUGUAGUAAUAACCCGUGCGUCCGAGGCAAAUGCCAUAAUACCUAUGGAUCAUAUUAUUGUUUCUGCGAAUCUGGAUACACCGGACAUAAUUGCGAAAGUAAAUAUAUCCCAUGUGAUCCAUCACCCUGUGCCAAUGGUGGAGUUUGUAGGCAAAUCGACUCACUGAAUUACGAAUGCAAAUGCCCAACUGGAUUCCGAGGCCAAAAUUGCGAAAUCAACGUGGACGAUUGUCCGGGAAAUUUGUGCCAAAAUGGAGGUACCUGUGUGGAUGGAAUUAACGCCUAUACAUGCCGGUGCCCUCCGACCUUUACCGGUGAACAUUGCCAGUUGGAUGUGGACGAAUGCUCGCUUAGGCCUAGCGUGUGCCAUAACGGUGCCACUUGUACUAAUUCAUUCGGCGGAUUCUCUUGCAUUUGCGUGAACGGAUGGACUGGUCCUGAUUGCUCGAUCAAUAUCGACGAUUGUGCAGGCGCAGCUUGUUUCAACGGCGCUACCUGUAUUGACCGAGUCGGCAGUUUUUAUUGCAAAUGCACGCCUGGAAAGACUGGUUUAUUAUGCCACUUGGAAGACGCCUGUGCGUCGAAUCCCUGCCACGCGGAUGCAAUUUGCGACACAAGUCCGAUCAACGGCUCUUACACAUGUUCAUGCGCCUCGGGAUACAAAGGCUUCGAUUGUUCGGAAGACAUCAACGAAUGCGAACAAGGUUCACCCUGCGAGCACGACGGUAUUUGCGUUAAUACACCUGGUUCAUUUGCCUGCAAUUGUACGCAAGGUUUUACCGGACCAAGAUGCGAGACGAACGUGAACGAAUGCGAAUCUCAUCCUUGUGCCAACGAAGGAUCUUGCCUGGACGAUCCGGGCACCUUCAGAUGUGUCUGCAUGCCAGGUUAUACGGGCACGCAAUGCGAAGUCGACAUAAACGAAUGCGCUUCAAAUCCUUGUUUCAACGGUGGCCACUGCAGCGAUUUGAUUAACAGCUACAAAUGUACAUGUCCGGCCGGUUUCACCGGACCUAGAUGUCAGACGAAUAUAGACGAUUGUAUCAGCAGCCCUUGCCGUAACGGUGGCAGAUGUCGAGACUCGAUCGCCGGAUACACGUGCGAUUGUCCUCUCGGAUUUACCGGAAUAAGCUGCGAAAUCAACAUCAACGAUUGCCAAUCAGCGCCUUGCCAUCAUGGCGAAUGUAUCGACGGAGAGAAUUCGUUCAGUUGCUCUUGCCAUCCAGGCUACACCGGAUCACUUUGCCAAUACCAAAUCGACGAAUGCGCCAGCUCCCCGUGUAUGUACGGUGGCACUUGCCUCGAUCUGGUCAACGGAUACCAGUGCCGAUGCAAUCCUGGCACUUCGGGAAUCAAUUGCCAAUUCAACAUUAACGAAUGUAACUCGAACCCUUGCCGAAAUGGAGCCAAAUGCGUCGACGGUAUUAAUCGUUACUCUUGCGAAUGUGUGCCCGGAUUCACCGGACUGCAUUGCGAAAUUGAUAUCAACGAAUGCGCUUCGAAUCCUUGCGCCAAUGGAGGUAACUGCAUCGAUCUGGUGAACGGAUUCAAGUGCGAAUGUCCUCGCGGAUAUUACGAUGCGAGAUGCUUGAGCGACGUAGACGAAUGUGCCAGUAGCCCUUGCAUGAACGGAGGUGUCUGCGAAGAUGGCGUUAGUCAGUUCAUCUGCCAUUGUAAACCGGGCUACGGAGGUAAACGUUGCGAAUACGAUAUCGACGAAUGCGGAUCUAAUCCGUGCCAACAUGGAGGUAAAUGUAUCGAUCAUCUGAACGGAUUCUCGUGUAAUUGCAAACCCGGCUAUACGGAUAAGACUUGCGCUACCAAUAUCGACGAUUGUGCGUCGCAUCCUUGCAAACAUGGCGGGUCUUGUAUCGAUUUCGUCAACGAUUAUCAAUGUGUUUGCCCUCCUGCUUAUACCGGACCGAACUGCGAAGAGAAACUGGAUCCUUGUACGCCGAAUAAAUGUAAACACGGAGCCAAAUGCACACCAUCGAGCAAUUAUCUAGACUUCGCAUGCCAUUGCAGCAAUGGAUGGACCGGAAGACUGUGUAACGAAGACAUAGACGAGUGUUCGAUGUACGAAUGUCGUAACGGAGCUACUUGUCAGAAUACCAACGGCUCGUAUCACUGUGUCUGUGCCAGAGGUUACGAAGGCAGAAAUUGUAUGACCAACACCGACGACUGCGCUUCGUCUCCUUGCCAAAAUGGAGGAACUUGCUUGGAUGGUAUUGGAAAUUUCACCUGCCUGUGCGUAGAUGGGUUUGCCGGUAAACAUUGCGAGAUUGAUAUUGACGAAUGUAAAUCGAAUCCUUGUUUGAACGGUGCCACUUGCAACCAAUACGUGAACUCGUACACAUGCACGUGUCCUUUGGGCUUCUCCGGAAUCAAUUGCGGUAUCAACGAUCAAGACUGUACCACUAGUUCUUGCAUGAAUGGCGGUACAUGUAUCGAUGGAAUCAACUCGUAUACGUGUUUCUGUCCCGAUGGAUUCACUGGAAGCAAUUGUCAAACACGAAUUAACGAAUGCGAUUCGAACCCUUGUGCUAAUGGAGCCACUUGCAUGGAUUUAUUGAACGAUUACAGCUGCCAUUGUCCGUACGGCUACACUGGUAAACACUGCGAAACCUACGUAGACUGGUGUUCGAACGAUCCUUGCAUGAACAACGCGGUUUGCAAACAAGUCAAGAACUCUUUCCAAUGCACAUGCCCUCCCGGAUGGACUGGUAAAGUCUGCGAUGUUGAAAUGGUCUCGUGUAAUGACGCUGCUAUCACAAAAGGCGUUCGUCGUGAGCUACUUUGUCAUAAUGGAACUUGCGAAGAUAUUGGCAAUAGUCAUCGUUGCCAUUGUCACGAAGGCUACACCGGAAGCUAUUGCGCCAACGAAAUCAAAUACUGCGACUCAGCUCCUUGCCAAAACGGAGCCACUUGCAAAGAUUUCAUCGGAGGGUACAAUUGCGUCUGCCCGAUUGGUUUCCAAGGCCCUAAUUGCGAAUUCAAUAUCGACGAUUGCCGACCAAAUCCUUGCCAAAAUGGAGGCACUUGCCACGAUCUCGUCAACGGUGUUGUGUGCUCUUGUCCACCAGGAACUGCCGGAUACAUGUGCGAUAUCAACCACGACGACUGUUACCCAGGAGCUUGUCACAAUAACGGAACUUGUAUCGAUAAAGUUGGUGGAUUCGAUUGCAAAUGCCCACCUGGAUUCGUUGGACCUCGUUGCGAAGGAGAUAUUAACGAAUGUCUAUCCAAUCCUUGUCACAACUUCGGCACCCUGGACUGCGUCCAAUUGGUCAACAACUACCACUGCAACUGCAAACCCGGAUACAUGGGAAAACAAUGCGAAACCAAAGUCAACUUCUGCGAGCAUUCUCCUUGUCAGAAUGGCGGUGUUUGUUCAGCUCUGGAAAAUAGGCACACUUGCCAUUGCAACGAAGGUUAUUUCGGCACGAAUUGCGAGUUUUUCGGUAGAAACGGAUGCGACUCGAAUCCCUGCGUUAAUAAAGGAACUUGCAUACCUUUGGAAGGUGAUAAUUAUCGAUGCGAAUGUCGCUCAGGAACGACUGGAAGUAAUUGCGAAAUUGACUCGUACAACGAAUGCUCUUCAAAUCCGUGUCUAAAUAAUGGCAAUUGCCAAGACGGUACCGGUGAUUACAGCUGUUACUGUCGUGCUGGAUUUAGAGGCAAAAACUGCGAAGUUCGUGAUCAUAAUUGGAGAGGUGGCGUUGAUUUGUCUCCGAUGAUCGAUCAAGUUUGCGAAUACCCAAGCUGCAAGUCAAAAUCUGGCGAUGGAAGAUGUGAUCCAGAAUGCAACAGCUGGUCUUGCAACUUUGACGGUGGCGAUUGUUCUCUGCGUAUUAAUCCGUGGCGUAAUUGUACUGUGAAAAACAUCAGAUGCUGGGAUGUGUUCAACGAUAAGAUCUGUAACCCCGAAUGCAACACUGCCGCUUGUCUGUUCGAUGGAAGAGAUUGCGAGUAUCAAAUUCAGCCUUGCCCUAUGGACGCGUUUUGUAAAUCACGAUAUGCGGAUGGACAGUGCGAUCACCAGUGUAACAAUUUAGCUUGUAACUGGGAUGGUUUGGAUUGCGAUCCGGUACAGCCAGUUUUGGCCGAUGGUGCCGUCAGUGUGAUAUUAUUGACCGAUAUAAACGAAUUCAAACAACAAAUAGUUCAGUUUUUGAGAGAGGUGAGCAAAAAGCUGCGUGCUGCUGUACGCGUGAAACAAGAUACCACCGGACAUGAUAUGAUUUACCCAUGGAAAUCGUCGAAAGAAUCGAGCUACGAUAACGGUGUUCAAGCAUUCCUCGAAAUUGAUAAUAGAAAAUGCGCCACUGAUGAUAAAAUUGGAUGUUUCAAUAAUGCUGAAAAUGCUGCCGAAUUUUUAGCUGCUUCUGCAGCCGCCGAAGCUGGAGCGUUAUCUUCGGCUUUUCCUAUCUAUCAAGUGGAAGGAGUUUCUUCAUUCCCACCUUCUGUUCCGGCUGGAGGUGCCACUACUCCUACAAACCUGAUGAACGUUCUACUGGGAGCACUUACUGUCACGAUUGUCGCUUUGGUGAUUGGUAUGGGAGUAUUCAAGACACAAGGCAAAGGUCAAGUAAAGAAAGCAUCCGGCAUUUUAUGGCUUCCCGAAGGAUUCCUCCGCAAAAACAGUAGUGACAGAAGACGAAGUCGAAGACGCGGACCCGACGGACAAGAGAUGCGAAGUAUUAGCCAAUUGCAGCAAAAUGUCACGUGUAUUAGUUCGGGACAAUGGUCUGAUGAAGACAGCGAUCUACCACCAGCUAAACGUGCUCGCGAUAAUACCGUAAUUUCCGACUACGAUGAUCCUUGGACUCAGUCUAUACACGAUGAUCGUCCUAUUAUACUUACACCUCCCAGCAUGGAAACUGCGGCUGUUGAUAUUCGAGGCCCGAGUGGUAUGACACAGCUUAUGAUCGCCGCUAUUGGUGGUGCAGUCAGCAGCACUGGAAUCGAAUCCCAAGACGAAGACGAUGAAGAUGGAACAGGCGCAGCGAUCGCCGAUUUAGUAUCGCAAGGAGCUGACUUACACGCAACUAUGGAUAAAACUGGCGAAACACCUUUGCAUUUAGCAGCCAGAUAUGCCAGAGCUGAUGCUGCCAAACGGCUUCUUGACUUGGGAGCUAAUGCAAAUGCUCAAGAUAAUACCGGAAGAACUCCUCUACAUGCGGCUGUGGCUGCUGAUGCAAUGGGUGUCUUCCAGAUUCUUUUAAGAAACAGAGCUACCAAUUUGAACGCGAAAGCGUACGAUGGAACGACACCUUUAAUUUUAGCUGCUCGAUUAGCCAUCGAAGAAAUGGUCGACGGGUUAAUUAAUGCAGAAAGUGAUAUCAAUGCGCCAGACAACAAUGGCAAAACAGCUCUUCAUUGGGCGGCAGCUGUAAACAAUAUCGACGCUGUCAAUAUUUUACUGGCGAAUGGUGCUAAUAAAGAUGCUCAAGACGAUAAGGAUGAAACACCAUUAUUUAUCGCUGCUCGAGAGGGUAGCUACGAAGUGUGUAAAACAUUGUUGGAUAAUUUCGCCAAUCGUGAAAUCACCGACCAUAUGGAUAGGCUACCUCGUGAUAUUGCCAGCGAACGUCGCCAUUCCGAUAUUGUUCGGUUACUCGACGAACAUGUGCCGCAUUCUCCUCAAAUGAUGGGUACUAUGUCGCAUAAUAAUUCAUCAACGUUGAUCGGUUCACCUCAUCACCUUAUGAGCCACUCGACGCUGCUCGGAUCGACGAAGCUCAAUAACAAGAGCAAGAAACGGCCCAAGUCGAGCGUCGGAGGUAAUAGUCCUUCUAGUCCACCAGAGCAAGAGACGCCGCAAACAUUACGACGUAAAGCUAGCGCUAAAAAGGCGCCGAAAAAACAGGCGUUGGAAAACCAAGACAACACACUGCUCAACUUGGACGCUUCCAAUUUAUACGGCAGUUCAGCGUUACCGCAAAUAUCACCUUACGAAGAUUGCAUGAGCAUGAAGAACGUCGGCUCGCUGCAGAAUCUCGGCAUCGAUUUCCAGCAGCAGUAUGUGUUUCCAGCGUUCCAAGAGCCAUCGCCGCCGCAUAGCGUGACGUUUUCACCUCCGGCUAAAGGCAGGCCAUCGUUACCCACCUCGCCAACGCAUAUGGCUGCCCUUAGAACGGCUACUCAACAAAAGCAUCCCAGCAUGCAUUACACAGAUCCGUUCAGUUUGAAUACAAACAUGCAGUCGAAUCCGACGUACCAGCAAACAACCAUACUGCCACAGCAACAGCCACCUCAGCCGCAGCAGCAACCCCAAUACACUUAUCAGCAUUUCUUAACGCCUCCAUCCGAGCCUUCUGAACGGAACAGUUUUCCGACGCCGUCGCCAGAAUCGUCGCCUUAUUAUUGGUCGUCUUCGUCCCCUCAUUCGAAUUCCGACUGGUCGGAAGGUAUUUUAAGUCCUAAUUCGUCGUCGCAAGGUAAUAAACAGUCGGAAGCGAUAUUUAUUUAAUGUUUUCAUUUAUUCAUUGUUUGUUAUUGUGUAUAUAGUCAAUUUGUACAUGUGUUGUAAGAUUGUGAUUUCUCCUUUUCCCUCUUUUUUCCUUUUUCUUUACCCCUUCUUGACAACCUUUAGCAUUGUUGAUCAAUGUGUACUUUCGCUGUUUAUUACUUUUUUGUGUUUUUAAAAAAAUACCGUUGACCGUAUUUAGGUAACAUUGUACCAUGUUUUGUAACUUUACUUUACUUUUUUUUCUUUUUGUGUGUAUAAAUGUAUAUGUACUCGUAUUUAUUUUUGAAUUUUCAAAACCUUUAUUGUGCAUUUUUUGUAUUUGUUAAGAAAUGACUGCAUUUUAUAGUUAUCGAUUGAACAUUGUUAGCCUUUAAUGAAUUAUUUAUUAAUUUUUUUUUGUUUUCUUGUAUAAUUCGUUUUUUUUUCUACAUAAUUUAGCAUCAUUGUUUUAUACAUAAAUGUUCUAUAAAUUUUGUAAUUAAUGUAGUGUACAAGGAGUAGAACAGAGUAAUUAUAUGUGUUAAGAAGUAAUGAUCUCAAAAAAAAGAUGAUUAAUUUUAAAAUAGCUCGAAUAGGCUAAGAUUUGCAUUUUUCGUUUUUUUUCUUUACAAAAUUUUUUCUCGUGCAAUCUCAUACUUACUUUAAGGGAUUCUUUUUUCCCUAAUAUGUUUUUUUGAUAAAAUAUUUUUAUACGAAUUCUAAAAAUGCAAAUUUGUUACAUCUCAUAAGCCUUUUUAUGAUAAAGUAUUUAUGUAUAGGUACUGUUUUUAUCAUUAUAAUUAUAAUUUUGAUUGAGUUUGUAUACGAUGCUCUAUUUGUUUUGGACGACUACAAAAUUUUUUCAUUGAAAAAAAAAAUAAUUGAAUUUAAAAGUUUGGUUUUGAAACGAUAUAAAUUUAUUUACAGGAAACAUGUUGAUUGUAAUGUGCCUUACAUGAUUUAAGUUUUUCGAAAGUAGUUAAUUUUUGCUCUUUUUUUGAUAAUUAUGAUGAUACGUAGUGACUAGUUGAGAAAUAACGACCCGAUUACAUUUUGAGCAAUUUUCAGAGCUAAAAACUAGAGAAAAAAAUAGAAUAUUCGAUAAUAAAUAUACUUACCCUGAACUUGUUCAAUAUUAAAACGAUAUCUUUCUUUUUCAUUGUAAUGUUUAUUUUGUUUUUAAAAAGUAAUUUACAAAUCAGUUAUCUGAAAUUUUGUUUGUUGUUUAUAAAUUUUUGUAUAUUGAAAAUAAAUGACAUUUUCAUUUAAAA